ACCAGACUUCCCCUCUCUUCAUUUCUCUCCGAGCAAAGAGACCGAGACCGAGAGAGAGAGAGAGAGAGAGAGCAGAGACGAAGAUCUAACCAAACUUGACGAGGUUCCCUAUUCUCGAUCCAUUUCUUCUUCAUCUUUUUCCUCAGUGAAUAAUAUCUACAUCUACAUCUAAUAUCUUUAUCUCCAUGAGGAUCCGCAAGAACGCCAGCCUUGGUGGUUCAGUGCCGGCCGAGAAGCUUCAGCCUCUCGUGUGCCAGCUGAACCAGUCGCCGUGGGAUGUGAUCUCCUUCGGCACCGAUCUAAUUCAGUUCGGAUAUGGAGAAGAAGAUAGCCUCGCGGGAAAUGCGAAUGGCAGUGCCGGCUAUUCCGGUGGAGCUGUUGAGAGCGUCACGUCGCAGAUGGACGCGGAACUGAAGUCGCCGCCAAAUAUACAGAACGUGGUCAUCCACGAUAAUGGCGACAUCAGCGAGCAGGCUGGAAUUGAGCAGCUGGAUCACAAAGCCGUUAAGGAGAACAAGACGACGUCGUGCGUCCAAUGCAAGAACAAUGAAGAUAAGAAGCGUGGGCAACCCUACGAGCACAAUAAUUCAUCUUCGAUGAGAUCGAAGAGGUCCGUCGCACUCACUGGAGCUCGCCGCACAAGAGCUCAGACCUCGAAGAAGGCUCCGUCGGGGGCUUCGAACCCCUACGAAUACUACUAUUAUUCUGGGUUUGGUCCGCUGUGGAGAACUCGUAGAGGGGACAGAAAUGGAGGAUUGAAUAAUAAGAACGAGGUUAAAGCGAAAGGAGGUGAAAGUUCGACGAUAACUGAAGCAAAUGGCGGUACAAUUCGGAGCAGCAUUCAUUGCUCUUCUUCGCGGAUUGAUACCGAGGGAUUUGAUUACGCAGACGACGAUGAAGACGAAGUUGAAGAAGACUAUGAUGAAGUGGAAGAAGAAAAUGGGGAGAGCGGGAAGAAGCGAAUGAGGAAGCCGGUGAAGGCAAGAUCGUUGAAAUCGCUGAUGUAAGACAGUGAGAUCGAUCAUGUUGUGAAUGUAUGUAUUUCGUAGGGGUUCCCUCCACCUCUGGGCUAUUUAGGGUUAUCAAUGAGAGAGAAUCUUUUUUUUUUUUUCCUUCAAUUUUUCGGGGUGAUAUUUGUCUGUGGGUAGGUGAGAUUAGCGUUUCCCUGAAACAUGACAGAAGGAGGAGGAGGAGGAGUAGGGUGGUUCUAUAGCGUGUUACUGAUGUCGACUAGAACAUCAAAAAUGUUUGGAUGGAAUGAAAAGGGCAAAUUCGUAAAUUAAGGCUGCCUCGUUCGUUUUACCUUUAUCUUAAUUAUUGUGCACACUGUAAUGAAGCUAAGUUGCUCGUGUCUGUCUGAAAGCUCUAUCCGCAGACAGAGGAAGUAGUAACAUUGAAAGAUUUGACUUCUCUUCA